CUGAGGGUUCUAUACUGUGAAAAAUGCAACAUAUUUAUUGCCUGUGCAAGUGAAAUUUGUUAGACUGCUGAGGUGCGACAGAGUUGUGCAAUAGCUCUUUCACACAGAGAUUCCGGAAAAUACACGGAUAAUGUGUUCUGUGAUUUGUCGUUUGAUUUUGGUUCAUUCACACUGCCAGUGAUUUUCCGGAAUCUGUGUGUGCGUUUACACACAUCCCGUAAAGAUCCCGUAAAGACACGUGACAUUACGAUGUGACGGGUAAUGUGACGCGUACCAUUUCACUAAAGCUGCCAAACGAUCUCGGCUUCAGCGCGGAUAGUGGGGAGCUCCCUGAUCUCUGCUUCAUUACAGUUUGCACACAUUUUUUUGUCGCGAACGUUGAUCUGCCUUCAAAACACCCGGUAAAACACUACGACACACCCUUUACGGCUUUGAUCCGGCUUUUGUUCACACAAAGCUCGUUCUGGGACUGAACCCGGCAAUGUUACUAGUUCCCCAACCCAGGAUCGAUCCCGGAAUCAAUCCCAGGACGUGUUUGCAUUCACACAGAAGUCACUCUGGCAAUUUUCCGGGAACAACGUGCAGUGUGAAAGGGGCUUAAGUUUGCCAACUGCCUUUGAUUAUGUGCUACAGUUUUCUGUUGUCUGUUUCUUCACCUCAAGUAUUGUUCAGAUGUUUCAUUUCAAGACUUUUUAUGAAUAAAAUAAUUUUAUGUGCUUUCGUAAAAGGAAAUGUUGUGUGAAAAACAAAUUAGGGUUGUAACGGUAUGGUGGUUUAUCACGAUAUUGACAUGUACGAUUAUCAUAUCGUGCACAUUUGCUUAUUGGCAGUUUUGAAAAAAAAAAAUGAAACCAGAUCUCACCGGCGCUGCCUCCUAUAUGCAACUUCUUUCCACUUGACUGCUUAGACUCCACCCAUACCUGUACAGCGCGAAAAUGUCCGAGACAGAGGCUGCGAAUUCUAAUCUCUAUCCCCCACCUGAAAAAAAAAAUUAAAAUCUGCAGUAUGGGAAUACUUUGGGUAUCCGAAAAACGAUCGCGGGGUUGUUCUUGAAGAUGGAUAUCCAGUUUGCAAGAAAUGUGGACGAAGAGUGGCUGCAAAAGGAGGAAAUACAUCAAACAUGUUCUCCCAUAUUCGCGAACACCAUCCCUCUGUGAAGAUAAAGGGUCAAACUACCUCUGCAAAGAUGCUUCCUGAUCCAGCUCAACCAACUGUCACACAGUCACUUGCAAAAGUAACCAAGUUAGAUCCUACAUCCAAACAAGCAAAAGAAUUGAAUCACGCUGUAGCUUAUUUCAUUGCUAAAGACAUGAUGCCCUUUAGAGUAGUGGAAAAACCUGCCUUUCUCCACCUGACGAAGAAGGCAGUCCCAAUGUACAAGGUACCAUCAAAAACAUACCUCUUUGUACAUGUGAGGGAUUUCAUUGGUGGAAAAGUAAGGGCCAGUGUUGAAGAACAGCUGAAGGAAGCUGUGUGGAUUUCAGCCACCACAGACCUGUGGACCAGCAGUAGUGGAGGUGGGGAGUCAUUCAUAAGUUUUACAGUCCACUACCUCUCCUCAGAUUGGCAGCUUAAAUGCCAUUGUUUGGAGUCUCAUUUUUUCCUGAAGACCACACCUCAGAAAACAUCUCAGAGAUGUUUGAAAAUAUGCUCCAGGGAUGGAAGAUUUCAAAAGAAAAUCUGUGCAGAAUUACCACAGACAAUGCAACAAAUAGGAAGAAGGCAUUUGCAGAGUUCCCUUGUGUUUGGCUCACUUGUUUUGGCCACAAUUUAAAUCUGGCCAUUAGCAAUGCCUUGAAGAUCCAAAGGGUUACAUCUGCUGUCAGGGCAUGCAGACACUUGAUUUAAGGAUUUUCUCGGAGUUGGAAAAGGAAGAGAGAAUUAAAAAAAAACAGGCAGACCUGGAACUCCCUGAGCAUGCCCUCAUCCAUGACGUGGUAACAAGGUGGGGAUCAAUUUAUGAGAUGAUCUCCAGGUUCCUGGAGCAACAACAGGCUGUCUGUGCAGUCCUGGCUAGUGACAGGAGUACAUGGCAUUUCAUGCCGAAAGAUAAUGACAUUGCCACUCUUGAGAAUGUCAGUCAGCUCCUUCAACCACUCUAUGACCUCACUGAUGCCCUGGCAUCAGAGAAACGGGUCACACUGUCCUCACUCACACCAGUGCUGGAGCACAUUGGCGGCGAAAUCCUCUCUGAGCAAGCUGAAGACAAUCUACUGAUCAGACAGAUGAAGCAAGUGAUGAGAGAAGACUUGCAAGGGAGAUACACAGAGCAGGUGGAACGAGUGCUACAAAUCUCCAGCUUUGUGGAUGCCUGAUUUAAGGGAAGCUUCUGUAAAAACCUGGAUGACACAGUUGAGGCAUGUGUGGAAGAAUCUGUAAAUCUUGCAACAGCAGUUCCUUUUGAUAGAGAACAUCCUCAAGCAGAAAGAGGAGAAAAUUGGGAAGAAGAGGGAAGCAGCAGUUCUACCACCACCACCACUAAAAAGAAAGGAAAAAAGUCUGUUUGGUUUGCUACAGCGAAUCACUUCAUCUAGGCAGAACAAGGCAACCUCAGGAAAUGAGAAUGUCAGUGAUAAAGUGCUGUCUGAAAUGACGAUGUACAAGUCUCUUCCCACCAUCAGUGCGGACACUGACCCACUGGCAUGGUGGAAAAUGUAUGCUAACGAAAUGCCUCUUCUGGCAAAUGUGGCCAGAAAGUAUCUUUGUGUCCCUGCUACGAGUGUACCUUCGGAGAGGAUGUUUAGUACAAGUGGACACAUUCUCUCACCUCAGCGGUCAAGAAUGAGCCCUGAAAAUCUCAACAUACUUACAUUUCUUCUUCAUAACCUGACCUGAAAAAAAGCAAAGAAAUGCAUGCUGCUAUGAUAAUCUCAAUAUUAACAAGCAUGGCCCUGCACAUUUUGCUCUCCCAUAUAUGCGGUUAAAGAGGAAGGACAGUUUGGUUUAUUCUUGUCUAAUAUAAAGAUAAAUAACCUUCCUUAUUUUGUUCAAAUGGGAGAUGUGCAACUUUUUUAUUUUUAUUUUUUUUUCUUUUUUUUUCAUUUAAAAAAAAAGUUUGUUACAAUAAACCAUGUUCAACCAAAAACCAUAUCUGUUUUCAUUCAUUUAAGGGUCAUUGUAGCUGAUGAUUAUAAUAAUAAAAAUAAUAAUGAUAGUUUAAUACCGUAUACCAUGAAACCGUGAU